AUGAAGACGGCCGGCGCGCUCGGGGUGUACUCCAUGUCCGUCGUCACGGCGCUGACCGCACAGAACACGGCGGGCGUGCAGGGCAUCCACCCCGUGCCAGCCGACUUCGUGCGAGCGCAGGUCGAGGCGGUGCUGUCAGACAUCGGGUGCGACUGCGUCAAGACGGGCAUGCUGCCGUCUGCUGACAUCAUCCGCGCGGUCGUUGAGUGCUUGGCGAAGCGGCCCGCGGUGCGGCUGGUGGUGGACCCCGUCAUGGUGGCGACCAGCGGGGAUGUGCUGGUGGGCGGGGACACGCUCGGGGCGCUGCGAGAGCUGCUCCUGCCGCGCGCUGACGUCAUCACGCCCAACCUGCCCGAGGCCAAGGCUCUACUGGGGUGGGAAGAAGACAUCACGGACCUGGAGGGCAUGAAGCGGGCCGCCACGGCACUGUUCGAGCUGGGGCCCAAGGCCGUGCUGGUCAAGGGGGGGCACGUGGCAGGGGGAAGACUGGCGGUGGAUGUGUUGUUUGACGGCGAGAGGCUGCACGAGCUGGAGGCGGGGUGGGUCGACACGCGGAACACGCACGGGACGGGGUGCACGCUGGCGUCGGGCAUCGCGGCGGAGCUGGCCAAGGGGCGGCCGCUCGUGGCGGCAGUGAGCGCGGCCAAGGGGUACCUCACGGAGGCCCUCAAGAGCAGCGCCUGGUUGCAGCUGGGCCAGGGGAAGCACGGCCCGCUGAAUCACUUUUACGGGACAACGUCAUGGGGUACCUCGCGGGAGUCCCCCCGCGCGCGCUUCCGGCCAUCCGACCUGGCGGUGUACGCCGUCAGCGACUCGCGCAUGAACGCGCGGUGGGGCCGCAGCAACGUGGAGGCGAUGCGGGCCGCCAUUGAGGGGGGCGCCACCAUUCUGCAGCUGCGGGAGAAGGACAUCGGCACCGGGGACUUUGUGAAGGAGGCGCAAGAGGUGGUGGCGCUGGCGCGGGAAGCGGGAGUCCCGCUCGUGAUCAAUGAUCGGAUCGACGUCGCGCUGGCGGUGGGGGCCGACGGGGUGCACAUCGGGCAGUCGGACAUGCCGCUCAGGCUGGCACGUGCCCUGCUGGGGCCGGACAGGAUCAUCGGGAUAUCUACCAAGACGCCAGAGCAGGCGCGAAAGGCACUUGAAGAUGGGGCGGAUUACCUCGGGUCAGGGGGCGUCUUUCCGACCAACACAAAAGAAAAUAACGUAACGAUUGGGAUAAAAGGUCUGCUCGAGGUCUGCGAGAGCACUCCGCUUCCGGUCGUUGCCAUAGGAGGGAUCAAAACGACGAAUGCAGCUGAAGUACUGUCGGCCGCCAAGGCGAAUACAAAAGGUCCUGAUGGAGUAGCCAUUGUGUCGGGAGUGUUUGAUCAGCCAGACGUCGCCAAAGCAACGAAAGACCUCGAAACAAUAGUAAAUAGCGCCCUCAGCAAAAGACAGGAUCUCUUGACGGUCACAUGAGCCACAUACUCGGAAGUAGUUGCAAGGCACAGCCGUAUAUAGUGUGCCCGCGCAAAUCAUGCGCCUUAACAUGUUUACCCAUGCGCGCUAUAUGUGCACCAACUCCAAGACGAAGGUGACGGUGCUU